AUGAAGCUCUCAAUCCUGUCCCUGGCGUCUCUUGCGCCCCUGGUUUCGGCUCACUUCAAGCUGAACUACCCGACUAGCCGUGGAUUCGAUGAGGAUAAGAUGUCUCAAUUUCCCUGCAGUGGACUGUCUCAAUCUUCGGAGCGGACGAAAGUCUCUCUUUCCGCCGGUGACUUGCCUGUUGCCUUGACAUUGGGCCAUGCCCAGACAGCUGUGGAAGUACUUCUCGCUCUCGGAAACGACCCUGGUACCAAUUUCAACAUUACUCUUCACCCGACCUUCCGAGUGGAGGGUUUGGGCUCAUUCUGCCUCCCCAAUGUCACUUUCGAUGAGUCCGUCGUCGGCGUAAAGUUGACGGAGGGAAUGAACGCAACUCUCCAGGUGCAGAGCAACGGUGACCCGAGCGGUGGUCUCUACGCCUGUGCUGAUAUCCAGUUCACGGAGGUGGACUAUUCCGCACCUUCCUCUUGCUCGAAUAACACUGGGGUUAAGGCGACUUCAUUCACCGGGGACGCCGCAAAGCGCAAUGCGAACGAGUCCACUGCUGACGGCCAGGCGCAGAGCGGCUCAUCUUCCCCUUCUUCUUCUAGCAGUUCCUCUACCGGUAGCGCUACAUCUACUGCUGGUGCGGUUGCCCUAGAGACGGCUGCUUGGGGAAUGUUGGGUGCUGCAGUUGUUGGUGGGAUGGCAAUUCUGUGAAUUUUGCCUUGGGUAGUUUUUUUUCCCUGGCUAUGG